GGGGGAGGGAAAGAAAGGCCGAGACGGAGGAGCGAGCGGCGGCCGAGGGGCUGGUCCAGGCGCGGCCGCUAAGAGGAGACCAAGAGGCGGGGGCUGCACUUGACAACCAGCAUGCGGAGAUGUCAGAAGAGGCAGAAGUGGAUGUGAGAGAAAGAGAGACACAGAGAGACAGAGAGCCAAAGAGGGCAAGAGACUUGACUUUAAGAGACUCCUGUACUGACAACUCCAUGCAGUUCGGAACCAGAACGACUGCGGCUGAACCCGGGUUCCUGGGGACAUGGCAAAACGCUGAUACUAACCUUUUAUUCAGAAUGUCCCAACAGGUUCCAGUGGCAUGUGCUGGCAGAGUGCUGGGUGCAGACUUCUGCCCAAACCUGGAGGAGCCAGACCAGAGGCUGGAAGUCCAGGCCAUCCGUUGCACACUGGUAAACUGCACGUGCGAAUGUUUUCAGCCGGGGAAGAUUAACCUGCGGACUUGCGACCAGUGCAAACAUGGCUGGGUGGCACAUGCCUUGGAUAAGCUCAGCACCCAGCACCUGUACCACCCCACGCAAGUGGAGAUUGUGCAGUCCAACGUGGUGUUUGACAUCAGCAGCCUGAUGCUCUACGGGACACAAGCGGUGCCCGUGCGGCUAAAGAUCCUGCUGGACCGGCUCUUCAGUGUCCUGAAGCAGGAGGAGGUGCUACACAUCCUGCACGGCCUGGGCUGGACGCUACGGGACUACGUUCGGGGGUACAUCCUUCAGGAUGCUGCCGGCAAGGUGCUGGACCGCUGGGCCAUCAUGUCUCGAGAAGAGGAAAUCAUCACCCUUCAGCAGUUUCUGCGGUUUGGAGAAACCAAAUCCAUUGUAGAGCUGAUGGCAAUUCAGGAGAAAGAAGGGCAGGCCGUGGCCGUACCGUCUUCAAAGACAGACUCAGACAUUAGGACUUUCAUUGAGAGCAAUAAUCGCACCAGGAGUCCCAGCCUCCUUUCUCACCUCGAGAACAGCAACCCUUCCAGCAUUCAUCACUUCGAAAACAUCCCCAACAGCCUUGCAUUUCUGCUUCCAUUCCAGUACAUAAACCCAGUCUCGGCCCCACUGCUAGGAUUGCCUCCAAACGGGCUCCUGUUAGAGCAACCGGGACUGAGGCUGCGGGAGCCCAGCCUUUCAACCCAGAAUGAGUAUAAUGAGAGCAGUGAGUCUGAAGUAUCUCCCACACCUUACAAGAAUGAUCAGACUCCCAAUAGAAACGCCCUGACCAGCAUUACCAACGUGGAGCCCAAAACCGAGCCAGCCUGCGUGUCCCCCAUUCAGAAUUCUGCCCCCGUCAGUGACCUGACCAAAACAGAACACCCAAAAAGCUCAUUCCGGAUCCACCGGAUGAGAAGGAUGGGGUCAGCCUCUAGGAAAGGAAGAGUGUUCUGUAACGCAUGCGGGAAGACAUUCUACGAUAAAGGUACUCUCAAAAUUCAUUACAAUGCUGUUCACCUGAAGAUCAAACAUCGAUGCACCAUUGAAGGUUGCAACAUGGUCUUUAGCUCCCUCCGAAGCCGCAAUCGUCACAGUGCAAACCCUAACCCUCGCCUCCACAUGCCUAUGCUAAGGAAUAACCGAGACAAGGAUUUAAUCCGGGCCACAUCAGGAGCUGCCACCCCCGUCAUAGCAAGUACAAAAUCAAAUCUCACACUCACCAGCCCCGGCCGGCCCCCGAUGGGUUUUACCACUCCCCCACUAGACCCCGUCUUACAGAACCCUCUCCCCAGCCAGAUGGUGUUUUCCGGGCUAAAGACUGUCCAACCAGUUCCUCCAUUUUAUAGAAGUUUACUCACUCCAGGAGAAAUGGUGAGUCCUCCCACCUCCCUCCCGACCAGUCCCCUCAUUCCAACCAGUGGUGCCCUAGAGCAGCACCCCGUGCCACCCUCUGAGCCAGCAGCGCCAGUAGUGAUGAUGGCCACUCAUGAGCCCAGUGCCGACCUGGUCCCCAAGAAGAAGCCCAGGAAGUCCAGCAUGCCUGUGAAGAUCGAGAAGGAAAUCAUCGAUACCGCCGAUGAGUUUGACGAUGAAGACGAUGACCCCAAUGACCCUGGAGCUGUGGUCAAUGACGUGAGCCAUGACAAUCAUUGCCACUCCCAAGAGGAGAUGAGUCCAGGCAUGUCUGUGCAGGACUUUUCUAAGCACAGCAGGUCCCGGUGCAUUUCAAGGACUGAAAUAAGAAGGGCUGACAGCAUGACUUCUGAGGAUCAAGAACCUGAGCGGGACUAUGAGAACGAGUCCGAGUCUUCCGAGCCCAAACUAGGUGAGGAAUCCAUGGAAGGGGAUGAGCACAUGCACAGCGAAGUGAGCGAAAAGGUCCUGAUGAGCAGUGAGAGGCCCGACGAGAACCACAGUGAGCCCUCUCACCAGGACAUCAUCAAGGUGAAGGAAGAAUUUGCAGAUCCCACUUAUGACAUGUAUUACAUGAGCCAGUACGGACUAUACAAUGGUGGGGGAGCCAGCAUGGCGGCCCUGCACGAAAGUUUUGCCUCCUCUCUGAAUUACGGCAGCCCUCAGAAGUUCUCCCCAGAAGGUGACCUGUGUUCCAGCCCAGACCCCAAAAUCUGUUAUGUGUGCAAGAAGAGUUUCAAAAGCUCCUACAGCGUGAAGCUUCACUACAGGAAUGUUCACUUAAAAGAGAUGCAUGUCUGCACGGUGGCUGGCUGCAACGCUGCCUUCCCCUCUCGCCGGAGCAGAGACAGAAACAGAAAUUUACGGAUGGAAAGAACCAUAGGUCCAGGACAUCGAGACAGCCUGCAUCUCCGUAGACACAGUGCCAACAUAAAUCUGCAUCGGAAACUGUUGACCAAAGAACUCGAUGACAUGGGCCUGGACUCCUCGCAGCCCUCCCUUAGCAAGGACCUCCGGGAUGAGUUUUUGAUGAAGAUCUAUGGAGCCCAGCACCCCCUGGGGCUGGACGUCAGGGAAGAGGCCUCGUCCCCCGCGGGGACCGAAGACUCGCACCUGAACGGGUACGGGCGCGGCAUGGCGGAGGACUACAUGGUCCUGGACCUGAGCACCACCUCCAGCCUGCAGUCCAGCAGCAGCAUCCACUCCUCCCGAGAGUCCGACGCGGGCAGCGACGAGGGCAUUCUCCUCGACGACAUCGACGGGGCGAGUGACAGUGGGGAGUCCGCUCACAAGGCCGAGGCGCCCGCCCUCCCUGGCGGCCUCGGGGCCGAAGUGUCGGGAUCUCUGAUGUUCAACAGCUUGUCCGGGAGCAAUGGUGGGAUUAUGUGCAACAUUUGCCACAAAAUGUACAGCAACAAGGGGACCCUGAGGGUGCACUACAAAACGGUGCACUUGCGGGAAAUGCACAAGUGCAAAGUCCCCGGUUGCAACAUGAUGUUUUCCUCCGUGCGAAGCCGGAACCGGCACAGUCAGAACCCUAAUCUCCACAAAAACAUUCCCUUCGUGUCAGUAGAUUAGUCUCAGAACGGACACUACCAAUGCCAGCUCUCACCAGACGGCCUACAUAUUUGAACUGCCAUAGUCAGUGUGUGCUUGUGUACUUGUGUGUGUGUGUGCGUGCGUGUGUACACCUGUAUGCCUCUGCGUCUACAUACACACACACACACACACAUUUUCUUUUCUUUAGAUAUAAAAUGAUAAACACUAAGUGCUUUUGAAUUUUUUUUUUCCUUUGUAAUUUUGGAAAAGGGGUGGGACCUUUCA